ACGUCACCCCCACCAUCUGAGUGGAGUUUGUUCUCUGCGGCCUCCUGCCCCAACGCUCGACUCCAUCCCAAAAAAAAUCUCUCUCGCAACCCGCCAUGAGCAGCAGCGCCGCCGCCGCCUCCUCGACUUCCAGGGUGGAGAAGAUCGACAUGUCCCUGGAUGACAUCAUCCGCCUGGCCCGCUCGCGAGCGCGGCAGCGGCCUGGUACGGCAGCGGCGAGUCGGAGGCCUCAGCCUGCGGCACAGCCAUCACCAGCACCGAAGCGCGUGGCCGUGCGGACUGGGCUUGCUGCGAGGAGACGUGCCGUGCCUUACCGGACUCAGCUGAUGCACAGGGCUGGCCGCUUGCAGCAUUCUCGUCUGUGGCAGCAGCAGCAGCAGCAGCGGCAGCAGCGGCAGCAGCAGCAGAAGCAGCAGCAGCAGAAGCAGCAGCAGAAGCAGCAGAAGCAGCAGAAGCAACAGCAGAGACAGCCGAAGCAGCAGAAGCAACAGGGGAAGCAGCCGAAGCAACAGCAGCAGAAGCAGCAGCAGCGGCAGCAGCAGCAGCAGCAGCAGCAAAAGUUGCAGCUGUGGACUAAACGCAAGCUGGGACAGCAGGGGCUAACAGCUGUUCACGUGCAGCAGCAGCAGCAGCUGCAGCAGCAGCAGCAGCUGCAGCUGCAGCAGCGGUGGAGGUGGAGAAUGGUGUGCGGGCGGGCGACCUUCGGCAGGCUGUCCGUGCCGUGGCCCCGCCUGGCUCAGCUCGACGCUCGACUCAGGCAGAGGAGAGAGCGGCAGAGGAGGGUGGACUCACUCCGUGGUGUUCCUGCCUGGGCUGAGACUACAGACGGCAGAAGCACGCAGGGAGCACGGCAUGGACACACGCGGAAUGCUGAGGCCUCUCCGAGCACGAUGCUGACCGUCUCCAUCGCCAAUCCUCGGGCAGCGACGCAGGCCGGCAAGCGAGCACCCUCGUCCACAAACAACAAGGCCCAUCUCUCCUCCACCUCGUCACCACCGCCGCCGGCGUCAUCGCCGGCGUCAUCGCCGGCGUCAUCCCACCGCACCGUGCUGGGCUGCCCCGGCUCCCUCCUCCUCGUGUCCGCCAGGCCCCAGCCCUCACCCCGCCCCCCCGCUCCCCCUCCCCCGCUCCCCCUCCCCUCCUCCUCCUCCUCCACCUCGUCGCCGUCUUCCAAAGCAGCGACGUUGUUGGCUCGCGGCGGCCGAGGCGGUGGUGGCGGUGGUGGCGGUGGCGGUGGUGGUGGUGGUGGUGGUGGCGGUGGUGGUGGUGGUGGCCGUUGGGCUUCACCUGCCCAGCCCCGUGGAGUUCCACUCAGCCUGGAGACCUUCCGCUUGCCCAAGCAGACCUCGCUGACGUUGCACGCAAGGUUCUCGGGCGCCCAGGCCAAGGUCGGCCCCGCAACGCCCCCCACGAGACCCCGCACCGUCUGUCUGCUGUGAGAGCGGGGGCGGAGCCAUGGGGGGCGGGGCCAUGGGGGGGGGGCGGGGCCAUGGGGGGGGCGGGGCCAUGGGGGAGGAAGCCGCCCGCGGGCCCUAUAAGUCCCGCGAAAUCAUUUGGGCCUGGGCCCUGCCAAGGCAACCGCAGGCGGGAACUCGAAAUCCAACGAAUCUCGGAGAGCUAAAACCUGGAAAAGCGGUUGCGGGUAGCAGCAACAUCGCCAACACCGGCUAACAUCAUCACCACGCCUUGCCCGUAGAGAAGCACUUCCAGCCCGUCGCAUUAUGGGGUGGCCGAGUUAAUUAAAACGUUUGACCGAACGUAACGGGGCUAACUUUUUUCAAGUUGCCGAUUUUGAAUGACGUUUUUUAAAUAUCCAGAUGGCCCUUGGCAAAAAAGAAGCAUCCAACCUGCCCUGCCUCAGCGGCUCGUCUUGCGGUCAAGUCACGUGGGGUAGAAUAAUUAUCGAUCGCUGCGCGAGCAGUCGUCUUCAGGUGUGGGGGGCCACAACCACGGCAGGGGGGCAGAAACUGCGGUCGAAACUUCGUGACCUUUUAUUAUUUUGCCUGCCCUGCGCGCGAUGGCUUUACCCGCCGGAACCUGCGUGCACGGCAGCUUCAGAUCAACGUUGGUUAGUCGUCGUUCGUGGUUUGCCGUGGUGAAAACUACGACUCCGCCACGAUCUUCCAUUUGAAGCUUUCGUGACUGCAGGCAUCCUCCGCUCUCUUUGAACCUUUCGGUAAAGUCACUCCGUCGCUGUUUUACAUUUUGCCAGGCCCCCCCCCCGAUUGAGCUGCCAUGUAGCAGAAACCUCGUUUUUUUCAGAAGCCCCGACUGACCUGGCCAUCGCAAAUCAUCGUAGCAGCUCAACCCAAGUGGUGGCUUCAUCAUCAUCAUCAUCACGUGGACACUUACGCGCUGGCAGUCGUGAAAUUUUUAACUAAACUAUUUUGUAUUUCACCAGGUGUAAGAACCCCAAUUGUAGAAGAUCUUGUGCAGAAGCAUACCGCUAAUCCCACCUCUGGCUAAUCCCACCGCUAGCUAAUCUCACCUCUAGCUAAUCCCACCUCUAGCUAAUCCCACCUCUAGCUAAUCCCACCUCUAGCUAAUCCUACCUCUAGCUGAUCCCACCUCUAGCUAAUCCCACCUCUAGCUAAUCCCACCUCUAGCUAAUCCCACCUCUAGCUAAUCCCACCUCUAGCUAAUCCCACCUCUAGCUAAUCUCACCUCUAGCUAAUCCCACCUCUAGCUAAUCCCAUCUCUAGCUAAUCCCACCUCUAGCUGAUUCCACCUCUAGCAAAUCCCACCUCUAGCUAAUCUCACCUCUAGCUAAUCCCACCUCUAGCUAAUCCCAUCUCUAGCUAAUCCCACCUUUAGCUGAUCCCACCUCUAGCUAAUCCCACCUCUAGCUAAUCUCACCUCUAGCUAAUCCCACCUCUAGCUAAUCCCACCUCUAGCUAAUCCCACCUCUAGCAAAUCCCACCUCUAGCUAAUCUCACCUCUAGCUAAUCCCACCUCUAGCUAAUCCCACCUCUAGCUAAUCUCACCUCUAGCUAAUCCCACCUCUAGCUAAUCCCACCUCUAGCUAAUCCUACCUCUAGCUGAUCCCACCUCUAGCUAAUCCCACCUCUAGCAAAUCCCACCUCUAACUAAUCUCACCUCUAGCUAAUCCCACCU